CUGAUACUGGUCACUGAUCUUCCCCAACUUCCGACUGCUUACUUCUUACUUGUCUGGCGGUUGGCGGUAUUGAUUCGUUUUGGUUUGGAGUUACUGGUGGUCAUCAUCAGGUGCAGCAGGGCUUUCACUAAAGGAUGACAUGAACAUUUAUGGGAAAUCAUGCUAUUGCUAUCCAAUCGUGACUUUCAGACUGGAGAUCAUGACUCUGUCCUCAAUGUGAUAUCACUGUCACCCAAUGAUGAUCUCAAUAGUUUUGUUGAAAUCUGGUACCAAGUCUUUCUGUGGGCUCUGUUCUCGUCGCUGUUUGUACACAUUGUUGGUUCCCUGAUUGCAUUUUGUCGGCUCCGCAAACACCGCAUCGGACGCUGGAUUCCAUUGGUCAUUUUGGGCAUGGGUGUGAUUUCACCAUUGACUGGUGGAGUUGUUACCAGUGCUGCUAUUGCUGGUGUGUACAGAGCCUGUGACAUUGUGAUGAUGCCUUUCUAUGCCCUGGUCUGGGGAGUGGGACAGACUUUUGGUGUGUUACUUAUCUCCUUUACCAGAAUAGUGGCUACGUUAUGAUGCUGAAAUCCUAGUUGAGACCAGAUUGCAGAAAGAUGCCAGUCGCCCCCGGCUGAGACAAUAGUCUGUGCUUCAGAUGAAAGUCAGUAUACUUCUUGGCAGGUAUGUUUGGGUGGCUUUGUCUUUCUUUCCACCAUGAAGAAUACGUCUUCACUCAGGAAGCCAUAUGUCAUGUUUCUCGUGGGGAAAUAGACAAAACUACAUGCUGGGUCAAACACUAACCCUGUCAACGAUGGACAGAAGCCACUGCCGGGUGGCAAAGAUUCGUGAUGAGAGAAGGUGGAAAGGCAACAUGUGUACAGCCAACAACAGACUUCAAAUUGCUGUCGCCUAAUGUCUCAAAUAAUUGUAUCCUUCAAGCUGCUCAUGGUUACUUGCUUUGAAUGCCAUAUUAUAGACUUGACUAAUUCACACUGUUUACAGCAAUAUGGUUUUCUUUGUUUAUUGGGGGGGGGGGGGGGGUUUACAUUCUCAUUUUUCAUUGAAGCUAUAUUUUUUUUGUCUGAGGUGAUUAGAGAAAUUGAAGGUGUUAAUUCUAAACAUGACAGUUCAUGUUUAGGGUUGUAUUGUUGGGAUUUGAAGAGAUAAGAACAUGUUCACAGUGAAAUCUCAGUGGAACAUACCCACAUACAUUUGGAGCAGAAAUUAUGUCUGCUGAAGCAAAUGCAUUUGCAGGGUUGGUAUUCAUGAGAAGUUAUUUUGGGGCUUGGUGCUUUAAAAAAUAUACUUUGUCACUCAGUAUGCACCAUAUCUCUGCCCUUACCCCCUACGUUUUUAGGUAUGUUAAUGAGCAUCAGGUGGUAAUGAUAUUCUGUGUAAGUGAAAAUGAAUCUCUCUGAGAAAGCAGUGUAAAAAGGCAAUCCUCUUCUCUCUCUGUUUUAUAUGGAAAAGACUGAAAGCAUUUAUAAUUGUUACUUUUUCUGCAUCAUGCCUCGGUAUUAUUGGUUUUUGAGGCAUCUUUUUGGUACAGCUCUCUGUUGUUAGUUUUUUCAAACAAGUAGGCCUAUAUUUGUGAUUGGCAUGACUGUUCACUGAAGACUGAAAAUAUUUAUUUGUGUCAUAUUGUCGAUGAUAUCUCUGGCUGUAGCACCAAAGACAAGGUACCUGUCAAGACGUAUAUAUGCAUAGAGUGUAUGAAAGCAAAGUAGUUCUUCUGAGAUAUGGGCUUUUUUUUUAAAGUGUGAGGUAUGUGGUAAUGCGUUGUAGGACACCAGUGUGUCUACACUUAUACUUUUGCUGUACGCAUGUAUCUGUACAAAACUUGAUGAGUACUUGGGGAAAAAUUGUUUAAAGUAGGUUGCAGUUUGAGAGUAAAUGUUUUGGGUGAUUUAAAAAAAAAAUUUUUUAAAUGAAAAGUUGCAUUUUUUAGAACUAUUUUUCUUCCUUGCCUUCCUCAUGUAGGUCUACAAAAAUGCACAAGAGAAUAGUGAUGAUGUUGUAUUUGAAGAGUAUUUGUUAGCAGUUUUCAUUUGCAUUGUCCUGAUGCCAUAUUAUUAUUCCAAUGGUGGACUUACAUUUGCAGAAAUGGUAAUCUCUGUACAAUUUCACCUUUUUAAAAAUUUAAUUGGUUUUGAUAGUGUACAAAUUGUAAAUAUAGAUGAGUGGAAUCUGUUUGUUUUUUUGGCUAGAGGGAGUAGGGAGGUGUAGGCCAGAACUUUUCAGCGUUUGUUCUUGUUAUAGAGGGUUAACACCUGAAGUGUCGGAUGGACAACAAAUAAUGACUAACUGGUAAAAUGCACACAAAAUGUCUAUACAUUACUGCAUUGUGUUCAUACCAGACCACCGUUGAUGGCUGAAUUGAUUUGUCGCCUGUCUGUUAUUUCUGUUUUGAUGGGGCGGUAAAAUUCCUCCGUCAACAAUUGCGUAAUACGUAGAUUUCACACACAAUCUUGUCUGAAAUCUACUCUCUACAUAGCCGUCAAUAUGCAUGUAAUAUUCAAGUCAUUGCUUGCUUCCAGCAUGGAUACAGCUGCGUGCUAGGUUUGAUCAUUAUUGUGUUUACAAGGCUAGGGAUUUAUGAAAAAAACAACUAACAAACUGUAUGCAAUUUAACAGUAUGCUUCUGAGGCUUGGAAAGACAUGGCGAAAAAACCCAUAUUGAAGGAAAUGAUUUCUGUCUACUCCUGCUCUACCCUUCUCCAUUAAACAAAAAAAAAAAGCCUUGUUCGAAUUGUUUGCAACUCUGGGCAUUGCGACAGAUGGCAUUGUUUCAGUUGCUCUAUUCGCUACUGACUGUGAGCCUCAGACCACACUCUAUUCGAGUUGAAUCUGUACAAAUAAUCAAGGAAAUCUUUUUCUUAGUAAGAGUUUUAUGGUGCUAGCAGCAAUUUAAUGCUCCAGAUAAAGAAAAUGACAUAAUUUAUAACUUUUCAUGAGAACCCCCCCCCCCCCCCCCCCCAAAUAAAAAUUU